UGAUGUGGUACUGAUUGAGGACAUGGCCAUUCCAAACCCCAGAGAGACUCAGGGCAUCACAAAUACUGACACUGUGCCCCCUCCCACCAUGAGUCAUGCACCUAAUAUGGAUUUUUUUGAAAGGGGACUGUUCCUUCUGACCAGCAGGUAGCCAGCCAGGGGCCGGAACUGGAGGUCUCCCAGGAUCCUGUGCCCCUUCAAGCCACAUCCACAGGGCCCCCUCAGCCUUUGAGGCCAGCAGAGUGUGAUGGGACGGUGCCAGCUAUUGUACGGAGCAUCCACCAGCAUCUAAUGUGCUCCGUUACGGUGGAUGCCAGGCUGCCAACUAACAUGGUGAAGCUGGCUGAAGAACACCCGGACGAUGUGGUGCUGACCCUCCUGCGCUGUGCCCCAUCGUGUGACAGAGCUGCUGCCAUGAUGUGGCAAGCCAUAGCCUCAUCAGGACCAGCAAUGGAGAAGGUGCUGCCAACUCUGCUCCAUGUGAUGGAGAACUGGCCCCUUUGCAGCAUCUGCACCUCUGAUGAGGACAACAAGGACGUUUUUGCUCUGGCUGCAACUCUGGUGCUCUGGGUGAUUAUGCAAGUGCCUCAGAGCCAUGAGGCCAUGAUGCAUUAUUCCGACUCUCUCUUUGCGGCUCUGCUGUUGCACGUUUUCACCACCACACAGCUGAUGCCAGCAGAAGUUGAUAACUUCUGGAGAGAAUGCCAGGAGCAACACCGCCUUCCCGGAAAACCCAACAGCUUUGCAGUGCAGGCCAUGAAGGCUCUGCUCUGCUUUCUGCACUAUGACAACGAGUUGAUGGCCAUGGAGCGCAAGUGUGGCUGGGAAACGCUGCUCCGUGCUGACACCCAGCACUAUGCCGUGGGUCUGUUGGCCAGGGUGAUGCGCCGUGACUUGACGCCCUUGUGUUACCAUGUGGCACACCAAUUUGUCCGGAGGCUCAUCAGGGAGGAGGCACCUUGGGAUCUGUCCUCCCUGGCAUUCCUUGUGGAGGUCCUGGAUUGCCUGAACUUGAGUGACUGUGGGUACUGUGUCCUUGAGAUCACAUCAAAGCACCUGCAGAGCGAGUGCAGGCAGAGGCGUCGCCUGGCGCUCAGAGGCCUCGUGGUGCUCAGCCAGGAACCCUCGAUGGCCACACCUAUACGCCGCCUGUGUCAAAGCUUCCUGCAGCUGCUGAGUGACGCAGACGGGGAAGUGGUCGGCAUGUCUCUGUCUGUGCUCACAAAUGUGCUGAAGAGAAAAAGUCUUCAUUUAUCAAGGACUGCUGCCCCCAAGCUUGCUGAGCCACUUGUGCUCCUCUUUGACCAUGACAAAAGCCACGUGCAGGUGCUCUCCAUUCACCUCUUCCGCAAUACGAUGAACCUGGUACUGGAAGAGGGAAAAAAUGCAAUGGAGGGAAUUGUGAAGCAGAGCCUGCUCCCGCUCAUUUUGCACUGCCACGACGACAACCAGCGCGUGGCUGAUGCCUCCCGGGAAACGCUGCACUGUGCUGCCACCUUCUUAAAUAACACAGAGCUCCUGUGUGUGCUGCCAACAGAGGAUCUGUCGAAGAUCACCGAAUGUGUGCUGGAACAGGACGAGAGCCGAGCGGCCGAGCACCUGAGCCGGGCUCUGCCAUACCUGGACAGCCCACAGGAGUCCCUGCGAGAGGCGGCCGUCAGCUUCAUCGGGAUGGCCAGGAUGUUCAUGAACAAGGGCGCACAAGGAAGAGCUGCAGACCCUCAGUGAGGCCACUGAAGCCCCGACAAAGACACCACUCCAUCCCACAGCAACCUGAAUAUCCAAGCUCGGUUUGCCAGUGAACAAGUGUCCCAAGAACAGCAGCAGGAGACACUGAAGAGGACACCACCUCCCAGUGCCACUGGAGAUCCAGGCACAGCUGACAACUGGCACAGCUGAGCCUGUGGGAUUUUCACGGGGCUUCAGCCCUCUCCCAGCCUGUAGAUAGCUCCCUCCAGCCCUCAGACUGUGCCCAUCCCCUUUUUUCCCUCUAUUCUUCCUCCCUUUUGACAGCUCCUUACCUCCAGCCCUCAGUCCAUGCCCAUCCCCUUCUUUCCCUUUCCAGCUCAUCCCUUUGCUUCACCUUGCAUUAAUAAACAGUUUGCCUUUUUCACUUAA